CCUCCGAGGAAGAGGACUUUAUAUAACACCAUGGAGGAGGACAACACAAGGCACCAGCGUGUGUUGCCCUGAGCUGCGACUCAUGGAAAGGAUGCUUUCCCAUUAAGGGCAGCGCUCUCUCGGCUCAAACGAAACGUCUCCGCAACUCAUUCUCUCAGUGUUGGGUCUGCCUGACGGAGUUGACGCGAUGUGUUAGGCAGCUAAACGUGGAAAAGAAUGGUCCCGCUGAAUGAAAUUGUCACAGUUGAGAAGUUUAUCUCGUGAGCAGAGCUGGGCAUAUCGGACUGGGACGGGACGGGCUGAGCUGGGUGAGGCUAGGUUGGGUCGGAAUAGCCGGAGCUGGGACAAACUGUACUGACCUGGGUCAGGGUGAGCUGGUUAGGACAGGCUGGGUUAGGUUAGGAGAGAGAGAGAAAGAGACUGGGCAGAGCUGGGUCAGGGUAGACUUGGUUAGGAGUGUCUGGGCAGAGCUGGGUCGGAGAGAUUGGGUUAAAAGAGACUGGGCUGAGCUGGGUCAAGGUAAACUGGGCUGAGCUGGGUAGGGGUAGACCAGGGCUUUUGUCCGAAACGUCGAUUUUCCUGCUCCUCGGAUGCUGCCUGAACUGCUGUGCUUUACCAGCACCACUCUAAUCCAGAAUCUGGUUUCUGCAGUCAUUGUUUUUACCUAGGUUAGGACAGGCUGGAUUAGGUUGGGAGAGACGGGGCUGAGCUGGGUCUGACUUUCGCCCUCCAACACUAAACAUCUGAAACUCUGCGGACACCAAAGCCGGACCUCACCCGGAGUGUCUCCAAACCGCUGGGGGAACCUAAUUAUUUAUUUUAAAGUUCUUUACAAAGACAUUUCCCGACUUCUGCUCCCCCGGACAAAGAAUAAAGCGAUGGGAUCUUGUGAAAAUAUCCACAAUGUCCAAAAGGACAGCAAAGUAGUGACCAGCAUCUUGCUGUUCAGCACCGGACUGCUCGGUAACACCAUCGCCCUGGCCAUUCUGGGCAAACACAAGUGGGACAGCAAAAAGGUGUCCGUCUUUUACAUCCUCGUCACCGGCCUGGUGCUGACUGACCUCUUCGGAAAGUGCCUCAUUAGUCCAGUGGUGUUCGCUUCUUACGCCUCAAACCUCACCUUGAAAGCUAUGGGGAGUAACAACACCCUGUGUAACUACUUCUCCUUCUCCAUGUCCUUCUUCGGCUUAUCCUCAAUGUUUAUCCUGUUCGCCAUGGCCCUGGAGUGCUGGCUGUCCAUAAGCCACCCGUUCUUUUAUCAGGAACACUUCACCAAGCGCCUGGCAGUCCUCAUUUUGCCGGUGGUUUACAUUUGCUGCCUACUGUUCUGCUCAAUGCCCCUGCUGGGAGUUGGGAGCACAAAGCAGUACUGCCCGGGUACUUGGUGCUUCUUUAACAUGAAUAAACCGAACUCGCCUUUUUCAGUGCUGUACGCCACCCUCAUGGCCGCUCUCAUCGUCGCUGUGAUACUCUGUAACAGUUCCGUUGCUAUUAACUUGACCAAAAUGUACCGGAGACAAAGGCGGAUGAGCAAUCCCAACCUGAGCGUGGUUAAUCGCUCCCGCCGGCAGUUCAGUCACUCUGAGGAGAUGGAGAAUCUCAUCCUCUUGGUUCUCAUGAGUAUCAUCUUUCUCAUUUGCUCCCUGCCCCUCACGGUCCGGGCAUAUAUUGGUGCUUUUGCUCCUGAUGAAAGCGAAGAAGGAGAUCUGAUUGCUCUAAGGCUUGCGUCCGUGAAUUCAAUCGUUGACCCAUGGGUUUUCAUCAUUUUCAGGACCUCUUUAUUUCGAAAGUUACUUCUCAUGUGUUGCAAGUUUUCUCCUCCAACCCUGCGUGUGGAAUCUUGGAGUAUAAAUCACUAAAGACUGCUUUAGUCUAAUUUUUUUAUUGUCUUGUCCUUUGAUUUGUCCAAUUACAGAAAGGCCUAUCAAGUAAGACAUGAGUGACAAAACCCAAUAGCCUAACAAAAAAACCUUUAAUGUUAUGAAUGAAACUUUUCCUAUUGGAACUGGAGGAGAGAAACCUAAUAUGGCGAUUAAAUUAUAUCCUUGUUGCACAUCACUUGGAAAUUGCAAGAUAUGUUUUCUGAUAGGUUUACGUGCUUAACGCGUGUAUGUUUGUUACCAUCAAGUGCAUCUAACUGCUGUCCAGAAUGCACUGUUGAGGGCCUACAUUUGUCUUUAAUACAUAGAGUCAUUCUAAGUUGAUUGAUAUUUUUUAGGUCAGUCUGAAUUUCAAAUAUAAAUGGCACUCUGGACUAAGCUCCUUCUCACUAUGAUUCAUCUGUAGACAAAAUUGAAGCUCUAGCCUGCUUUCAAUUCUUAAAGCAGCUACUGUACUUGGAACUCUGUAGUGAUGGGAGACUCACAGGAGGACAAUGGAAAAUUUUAGAUAUAUGUCCUGAAAGCAUCCCUAAAGAGGUCAAAAAUUCCACAAACCUAUCAAAAUGUAAUUCAUUUGAGAAGGCACUGUGCACUUUGAAAGACUUCAUCAAGAUCAUAGGUAGGCAAAGUCGAGACACUCAACAGGGUGCACAGAUCUCCCAAUAACCCAACCCUUCAUGAACCACCUGUCCUGCAAAUGCGAAAUCUGCAGAUUGUGUAUUAAUCUUUUCAAUCAUCUCAGAACCCAUCAAACUGGAAUGGAAGCAAGUCAUCCUGAAUACUGAGGGACUGUCUAAGAGAUAAUCGUUUCAUAUGCAGUUUUACUGGGGACUAAAAGCAAUGCUAAUCCAGAAAAUCAAAAUUUCGGCAAAAUAUCUCAGCCCUUUACUGCCCUAGCAAGGCUUGAUUCUGGCUACAAAGAGGGUAAAAUUCAGUAUGGGGUUGUUCUGUCACAAGAGCUUCAAUUUUUACUGGUCACAGAGAGACAUUUGGAAAUCUUAAAUCUUCUCAAUGUUCAAAUAGUUACACUAGUGAUGUUACUAUUGCAUCCACAUAAUAUAGAUGAAUAUUUUAAUUAUUCAUUUUGACGAAUCUAUGUGCUUGACAUUCUGUGAAAUAGUAAGUGCGCUCUUUACAUGUGGUUUAAAGUCCUUGUUAUAUCUUAUACUUACGUACGUAAUUCUAGAGAAUAUUUGUUGUUAUUAUGUAGGCACUAUAUUUACAUAUUUGUUUCUUUCUCCAAUUUCCAUGCCUUUAUCUUUCCUUUCUGAAGGCUUUGUGUCAUACAAGGGUAAACUUGUGUGUCAAUAACUCUCCAAUAUUUUAACAAAGUGGCCAGUCUUCAUGUGCCCUCAUCAAUAGGUUCUGGGGGAGGGAUUGUAGCAGAAGGAAAUCUGUCUUAGUGUCAUAGAAUUAUACAGAUGUACAGUACGGAAACAAACCCUUCAAUCCAACUCAU